AUGACGGCGACGACCCCUUCCGACUCCGCAAUUCACCAGGCCGGCACCACUGAUGGAUGGCACGGAGUCAUCUCGGAGAGUGGCCCCUUCAAGCCGGCCGCGGGGCGCUACCAUCUCUACAUAGGUCUUUUCUGUCCCUUCGCCCACCGGGUCAACUUGGUGCGGCACCUGCGAGGCCUCACGGACAUCCUUCCUGUGUCCAUCGUCAAACCGUAUCCCAAGGGCGACGCCAACGGCUGGCCGGGCUGGCGAUUCCCUCAGACCGACGACGAAUACGAGGGCGCCACGGUCGACCACUUGUAUGGCAGCACCUUUAUGCACGAGAUCUACUUCAAAGCCGACCCCAAUUACAAAGGCCGGUACUCGGUCCCCAUGCUGUGGGAUAAGGAGACCGAGACGAUCGUGAACAACGAGUCGGCAGAAUUACUACGCUGGCUUCCAACGGCGUUUGAUUCUAUCCUGCCACCAGACCCUGCUUUCAAUCUGUAUCCGAAGGCGCUGACGCCGGAGAUCGACGAGCUUUCGCCGUGGCUGCAGUCGGAUCUGAACGCCGGAGUGUACAAGGCUGGGUUCGCGGAUUCGCAGGAUAGCUACGACCGGGCGGUCCCCGUAGUCUUUCGCGCUCUAAAUAAACUCGAAGUCCUGAUCAGCCAGAACGGAGGACCCUUCAUCCUAGGACAACAGUUGACGGAGUUGGAUCUGAGGGCCUAUGCGACGAUCAUCCGGUUCGACGCCAUCUACGUCCAGCAUUUCAAAUGUAAUCUGGGCAUCAUUCGUCACGACUAUCCGGUGAUCCGCAAUUGGCUGAAGAACCUUUACUGGAAUGUCCGCGGCUUCCGGGAGUCGACUGACUUCAGGCAUAUCAAAGAAAAUUACACGAAAAGCCACGGCGACAUCAACCCCAAGGCUAUCACCCCGAUGGGACCGAUUCCCAACGUAGAGUCGGGCGUUGAGGAGGAUUGGAGUAGGCUGCGAGUUGGCCAUAUUGAUGUCUAA